UCAAUGUGCGUCAUUUCCGUUGUCAGGUGGUGCUGCUAUGGAAAGAUGUGAUCAGUGCCGUCGAAAGAAGGCUUUUCCUGACUGCCCUAUUCCGUAGUAAAACAACUUGAGAUUUGUGGAAUACUCAAUCGUUUGCUUUAAAAGUGUCCGUUUAUAUCGAAUCUGAACAGUUUGUAAGUGUAGAGAUGCCCCGGUUGUAGAGGACGUGCGAUUUUCUCGGCAAUUUUAGCUCGAGUUCCACGAUGUCCAAGCGCCGUGCGUCAGAAAGGGGAGCAGGGGAAUCGUCCGGGCGGGCCAGCAAGCUCCUGUGCACAGGCAUAUCGGGCAGCAACGCCAAGAGAGCAGGCCCCUUCGUCCUGGGGCCACGGUUGGGGAACUCACCAGUCCCCAGCAUAGUCCAGUGUUUGGCGAGAAAGGAUGGAACAGAUGACUUCUAUCAGCUUAAAAUCCUGACCCUGGAGGAGCGGGUGGAUGGGGCAGGGGAGACGCAGGAAGAGCGGCAGGGCAAGAUGCUGCUGCACACAGAGUUCUCACUGCUAUCACUGCUGCAUAACCAGGACGGAGUGGUGCACCAUCACGGCCUCUUCCAGGACCGGGCGUAUGAGCACCUGGAGGAGGGCGAGGCUAGCCGGGGGAAGCGCAUGAAGAAGCGCAUCUGCCUGGUGCUGGACUGCCUGUGCGCGCACGACUUCAGCGACAAGACGGCGGAGCUCAUAAACCUGCAGCACUACGUCAUCAAGGAGAAGAGGCUGAGCGAGCGGGAGGCCAUUGUCAUCUUCUACGACGUGGUGCGCGUAGUGGAGGCCCUGCACAAGAAGAACAUUGUGCACCGUGACCUGAAGCUGGGCAACAUGGUGCUGAACAAGAGGACUCAUCGGAUCACCAUCACCAACUUUUGUCUGGGCAAGCACCUGGUGAGUGAGGAGGACCUGCUGAAAGACCAGAGAGGCAGCCCAGCCUACAUCAGCCCAGAUGUGCUGAGCGGCCGGCCGUACCGUGGGAAGCCCAGCGACAUGUGGGCCCUGGGUGUGGUCCUGUUCACCAUGCUGUAUGGCCAGUUCCCCUUCUACGACAGCAUACCUCAGGAGCUCUUCCGCAAGAUCAAGGCUGCAGAGUACUCCAUUCCAGAGGAUGGUCGCGUGUCUGAGAGUACUGUGUGUCUCAUCCGUAAGCUGCUGGUGUUGGACCCCCAGCAGAGGCUCACUGCCUCCGAGGUACUGGAGUCCCUCAGCAGCAUCAUCGCCUCCUGGCAAUCUGUGUCGGCACUCAGCGGUCCUCUGCAGGUGGUGCCAGAUAUUGACGACCAAGUGACUCACCCGGAGCAUCUGCAGGAGGCGAAGGUGACGGAGGAGUCGUCGCAGUACGAGUUUGAGACCUACAUGCGGCAGCAGCUGCUGCUGGCCGAGGAGAAGAACACUAUCCACGAGGCCAAGAGCUUCCUGAGCCAGCGGCAGUUUGGCAGUGUGCCGCCCGUGCGGCGCUUGGGCCAGGACGCCCAGCCCGUCAGCCCCCUGGACGCCGCCCUGUUGGCCCAGCGCUACCUGCGCAAGUAGCCCCUCGGCCCCUCAGGCCUGUCCUCCUCUCCACUCCCCUCCUCUCCUCUCCUCUCCUCUCCCCUCUCCUCUCCUCGCACCCUCCGGUGAAGAUGGAGGGGGGGGGGGGGGUGGCGCGAGUUGGGUUUGGUGGUCAGGUGGCUUCGGAGAACUACCCUGGCCAUUGGCAUUUGAAAACAGCCCUUGCCCUGAGAGAGGGAGAGUGGGGAUGGGGGGGGGGAUGGAGACUGGAGUAACGAGAGGAAGGAACGGACCUCUGGACAGAUCCUUCAUCGCGGUGUCGGCCGCGUUCUCUCCUGACUCCGUGGCCUUCUCACUGAGAAAAGCGACUCUAACAGGGGGGGUUGUGAUUUGGCCUCAAAUGAUGGAUGGCUACCAACCCCCCCGCCCCCCCUCUCACUCUCAAUCUGUGAACACUUUCAGCAAUACAGGAGUGGAAUCAUGUAGCAGCACCCCUCCCCCCUUACCUUCAACCCCUCCUGACCCACCCCCCCACCCCCCGGCACUUUUCCACAGAAUCGCCUCAGACCCUGACUUCACUUGACCAUGGACGUGACACCUUCUCACUAGACUCCAGACAAACACACACAAACACACACUCACUCUCUCUUUCUCUUCUUUUAACCAAAACCAGUUGGCCUGUGUCGGUCUGUCCGGUCCGUAUCCGUGACUACUGGCGCCAGUCCUCUCCUCAUCUGCACACGCUUUGGACUGUUCCAAUCCGUAUCUAUGACGUUGAAUCUACCUCUAGCAUCUCUGUCUCUGUCUGUCUGUCUGUCUGUCUGCUCUAAUGUUAAGUAUUUCCUGCUCGUUGAGUCAUGGUUGUGGCGCUGGCUCAAGCACAGCACAAUGAGCGUUAGCAUUAGCAUUACUGGUGCAUAAUAGCCGUCACAAAGAAAUGACGGCCCCUCUGAAUAAGCUCUCCUCCCCUUCAUCCAGUAAUAAAGUAGCAGUUUUCUUUUUUCUAGUCAUCCCCCCCCCCCCCCUCGUUUGAGAAACUAAAGGCCUUUAGGGUGAAAUCAAUACUGUACGGCGGGAACGUCCUGUCUUAACCCAUUCUCACACACACCAUUCGAUAGAUUCACAAGGAAUUUUUUUUGGGGGGGGGGGUGUAAAUGUGCCCCGCCUUGAGUGGAAGUGACUCCGAUCCGAGAUCCGAGUCUUUUCCAUGCAGUGUUCCUCUGGCCUUCCCUGUGUGGAAGUCCUGAAUCAUGGAUUUGAAAUGGAUGAGGCAAAAAAAAAAAAUCGAUUUUGUGAAGUGACUGGGCCCAUAAUUCGACCCAACAAAACGAUUUAAUAACUGACCCAGAUCAUUUUGCCUGAUGAAGUGUGUUUGCUAUAGCGGCUCCUCAAUGAGAACAUUACCACUCUUGUGCUAUAAGAAAGGUAAAAGUAAAAAAUGUGGAGGGGGAACCUGCCACUCGUCAAAUAUGGCUUCAGUGCGGCCUGUGGCAGGGGACCUGUCUCUUUAAGCUCCUACACCUUAAUCAUGUGUCCCGUAUCUUGCCGUAUAUUCAGACUCCUGUCCAGAAGAGUAUUUGAGAAUAUUCCUUGUGGACGUUGAUUACUGGAGUAGCCCAAGUACCGCAGUAAAACAGGGGGGGUGGUAUGAAAAGGCUGUCCCCCAGCAGUCUCACUCAAUGCGGAGGGUGGUGCAGCCCGUGACCGCUGGGUUCACCCAAACCCAGGCCAGCAGUUGUAUUCCUGUUGCUGCAGUAGAGUGUGUU